UGCUUCUGUGAUAGAAAGAGCGAGACAGAUCAUCAUCAUCAUCAUCACCAUGAGCCUCAAACCUGUCUUCCCUUCUUCCUCUUCCUCAUCGGGGUCUUCAAGCAACACCAAGGUAUGGAUCGUCCACGGGCUCGUCGCCGGAGUCGCAAUUGCCGCGGCCAUUGGCGCCCGGCUCUACCGAGGCCCAAUUAGGAAGUUCCGGAGCCGGGUCGUCGGCAUCAUACCCGCCCGUUACGCUUCGUCCAGGUUUCAGGGGAAGCCUCUUGUUCAGAUCCUCGGAAAACCCAUGAUCCAGAGAACAUGGGAAAGGGCGAAAAUGGCUACUACAUUGGAUCAUGUUGUUGUGGCAACCGAUGAUGAGAAGAUAGCAGAGUGCUGUAGAAGUUUUGGUGCUGAUGUUAUAAUGACCUCAGAGUCAUGCCCUAAUGGCACCGAGCGCUGUUAUGAAGCUAUUCAGAAGCUUGAGAAGAAGUAUGAUGUAGUUGUCAAUAUUCAGGGGGAUGAGCCUCUUGUUGAGCCAGAGAUAAUAGAUGGGAUUGUUAAAGCUUUGCAGGAAGCCCCAGAUGCAGUGUUUAGCACCGCAAUCACGUCUUUAAAACUUGAAGAUGCAUUUGAUCCGAAUCGUGUGAAAUGUGUGGUGGACAAUAAUGGUUAUGCUAUUUAUUUUUCAAGGGGGCUGAUUCCAUUUAACAAGUCAGGCAAGGCCAAUCCACAGUUUCCAUAUAAUCUCCAUCUAGGAAUUCAGAGCUAUGAUACAAAGUUUCUAAAGAUAUAUCGAGAGCUUAAGCCCACUCCUUUGCAACUAGAGGAGGAUCUAGAGCAGCUCAAAGUCCUUGAAAAUGGUUAUAGAAUGAAGGUGAUUAAGGUUGACCAUGAGGCUCAUGGUGUCGACACCCCUGAAGAUGUUGAGAAGAUAGAAGCUUUAAUGCGCGAGAGGAAUAUAUCCUAGUUCCUGGCGAAUUGGUAGUGCAUCAGAAAAUUGAGCAAUGGAGUUAAAACUUGUGUAGGCACACAUAUCAUGUUCAUAAUUGUAAUCAUUAUCACUCGGAUUUGCUUCAAUGUUGGCUUGUAUACAUCCGUACAUACAGUUGUUUAGUUAAAACAGAGGGGAAAGGUACAAUAUAAGUGUUUAUACAGAUUCCCCUGUAUAUCGAUUGAGUUUUGCUUUAAGAGAGAGUGAUUAGAUUGUGGAUU